AUGCCUUGCAAGUUGCAAAUCCUCAUCCACAAGCAGGACCACAUCAGUGAGGAGGAGUUCCAUCGCUAUUGGUCCGAAGAGCACCCCAAGAUCUGGUUGAACACGGAAAUUGUCAAGAAGAAGAUCAUCACUUAUUCUCAGUUCCAUGUCGACAAAAAGUCCACAUCCGUCCUGACCGACUUCGGCGUCGACAUUGGCUCCUGGGACGGCAUCGUGACCAUGGUGGCGGAAAGCAUGGACGAACUGCUGAGCGUCUUCGGAGACGAAGAGUAUCUUCGAGUCGUGGUGCCGGACGAAAAGAAGUUCCUGAAGCGUGAAACGGCCAUUAUGAUGAUUGGCGAGGAUCAUCCCAAGAAGGUCGAUGGGAAGGUCGUGGUGGAUAUUACAAGGUAG